GACUCGGAGGCGGGACGCAAAAGCACGUCACAUCGCAUAACGCACGCGACCGUUCCUUCACCCUCACCAGCAUCAUCCCCACCUCCCUCGCUCUCCAGACUCUUCGUGCCCGUCGUCUCACACGUUGCGCUCCGAAGCCGUUACUAGAAGUAGAACACGCUAAAGAAGUAUAGAGUAGACAAACAUGUCUUCGGAACGGAAACCCUUGCCUUUCGCUGCGACGUUCACCGCGGGCGCUAUCGCCGGUGUCUCUGAGAUCCUCACUUUUUAUCCACUCGGUGUGGUGAAAACCCGCAUGCAACUCGAGACCGGAAAGUCCUCGACGGGACUGGUCGGUGCUUUCCAGACUAUCAUCAAGCAGGAGGGGUUCGGACGAUUAUACAGAGGUCUCGUCCCGCCGCUGUUGCUCGAGGCGCCGAAGAGGGCUACUAAAUUCGCAGCAAACGAAUUCUGGGGCAAAACCUACCUCUCUCUCUCCUCCUCAUCAGAGGCCAAAAUGACGCAGAGCCUUUCCAUCCUUACGGGUUGUAGUGCGGGCGCGACGGAGAGCUUUGUGGUUGUGCCUUUUGAGUUGGUUAAGAUUAAGCUGCAAGAUAAAUCAAGCACGUACGCAGGCCCGAUCGACGUAGUUCGCAAAGUGAUAGCGGCGGACGGCGUGUUGGGAUUGUAUGCGGGUAUGGAGGCUACGUUUUGGAGACAUUUCUGGUGGAACGGAGGAUACUUUGGGUCGAUCUUUCAAGUGCGGGCUAUGAUGCCUAAGGCGGAGACACCCUCCGGCGAACUCUUCAAUAAUUUUGUUUCGGGCUCGGUUGGAGGCUUGAUCGGUACGGCUAUCAAUACUCCAUUCGACGUCGUCAAGUCCCGCAUCCAAGGAGCGGCCAAAGUCCCCGGCGUCGUCCCGAAGUAUAACUGGACUUAUCCUGGCCUCGUAACGAUCUUCCGCGAAGAAGGCGCGGCUGCGCUCUACAAAGGCUUCGUUCCCAAAGUGCUCAGGCUCGCGCCGGGCGGAGGCGUCCUGUUGCUCGUCGUCGAGUUCACGAUGGAUCUGUUUAGGAAGGCCCUCGGCCCGCCCUACCUAUAGACCAACCUCCACAGCUCACUCUCAUUCAAUUUCAUCAUCCCUCCAGAAGGGUCUGGGUGUACCUAUGCAUGUAUAUGUAUAUGGAUUAUCGUGUAAAACGUCAAACGUCGUCGUCCUUCUUUUGUUGUUGUUGUUCUUGAUUCGAUUCGAUUCGAUCGUGGUUUUUGUUGCGCUGCAGUUAUCCAAU